AUGCCGAAUUUCUUAUCGAUAAGCAAAUUUGUUUCCUCGAGACCGCUGCGCAUCCUGAAUAUUCAACACAACUCAUUUAGUGCGAGCUCCGUGUGCUCUUUUAGACUUGGAUAUGGUAAAGCAGACUCUCCCCAACUUGAAGCAAAUGCCGAUCUGAUCUAUCUUGUCCAGGCUCCCCUGCGCGAACCUCCAUCGCGCACAGCACAACCAACAAAGUCGAUCCUCAAGAAACCUUCCACUUCGAGUUUCUCCAAGCAUGACCUUCUGUUUCCCGCCUCGAAGAAAGACAAGCGCCGAAUCAGACAUGCUCAGCUGAUGAACAAAAUCACAAAGUUGUCGGCGAAGAAGCCCAGGCGGAGACGACCCAACAGGAAGCUGGUCACAACUCUGGAUUCCUUGGCUGAUGCCUUACCCGAAGCUGCAGGAAGUGAUAUUGACACGGGUGCAAAAGUGGCGGCAGGAGGAAAGCCUGAAGAGCAGAUCAGCAUCAUCACACGCAAGAGCGUGAAAUCCCGCCCGGGAGCAAUGAGGAGGAGGGAGAAGCUUGACAAAGGAGAGCGCGAGAGAUUCGCGAAAAAUAUGGCACAGCUUUCCGCGUCGGCCCCGUCCCCUGGAGAUGGAAAGGAAAAACUGAGGAGAGGAAGUGAGACCCAACGGCCUAUUCCAUCGACAAGUGAGAGGUGGGCAGCCCUCAGAGGGUUCAUCUCUCAAACGUUAGAGACCAAGCCUGAAUUGAAGAAUAUCAAGACUUGA